CUGGGCAGCCGCUGCAAAACAGACGGCCACCAGGUUGCCCCUCUCUGCUCCAGGUAUCUCUCUCCCCUCGGCCAGCUGUCCCUGGCCUCCUCUCAGCUUGACAAGAAGAGGAAUCUGACAGCCUGACACACCUCAUGCUUCUUUCUGCAGCUAGACAGACUUGAGAUAGACAAGCAGAAGCGUACGCCUCCCUACCUCAUGGCGACAGAAAACGGAGCAGUCGAGCUGGGAAUCCAGAGCUCAUCAACAGACAAGGCACCUAAAAGUGAAGCAGGCGAAGGAGCCCAAGCUGCAGAGAAAGACCCUGGCCCCCCAGACCCAAACAAAGACACUGAACCUGGCCCCCCAGAACCAAACAAGGAACCUGGCCCCCCAGACCCAAAGAAAGAACCUGGCCCCCCAGACCCAAAGAAAGAAUCUGGUUCACCUACCCUGAAGAAAGGUGCCAAAGCCCCUGCCCCAGAGAAAGGGGAUGGUGCCCUGGCCCAACCCUCAACUAGCAGCCAGGAUCUGGAGGGAGAAGGCGACUUGGGCGGGAGGCCUGCGGAGGGCAGUGCAGGCCAGCCGGCAGCCCUGCCCCAGCAGACCCAGACAGCUGAGGCCAGUGUCAAGAAGCCCAAUGACGAUGAUCAGAAGGCCUCGGGCAGCCAGGAUCCUGGAGAACCCAAGGAGCGAAAGAAGGCAGCAGAGGGCCAAGAAGCCGCCAGGAGGGGCUCACUGGCCUUCCUACAUAGCCCCAGCUGCCCUGCCGUCAUCUCCAGUCCCGAGAACCUGCUGGCUGAGAAGCCCCCAAAUGAGGCAUCGGAGCUCAUCUUUGAAGGGGUGCCCGUGACCCCCAGCCCCAUGGAGCCUGAGCCAGCCAAGGCAGCAGAAGGAGGGGAAAACAUCCUGGAAGGCAGCCAGAAGGAAGCAGAAGAGAAGGCUCCAGGCCAGACUGGCCAGGCUAAGGUGCAAGGGGACACCUCGAGGGGGAUCGAGUUCCAGGCUGUGUCCCCGGAGAGAUCGGAGGUGGGGCAGGCCCGCUGUCCCACAGCCAGGGAGGAGGACUGCUUCCAGAUUUUGGAUGAUUGCCCACCACCCCCGGCCCCCUUCCCCCAUCGCAUUGUGGAGCUGAGGACCGGGAACGUCAACAGUCAAUUCAGCAUGAACUCCAAGGAGGCGCUGGGCGGUGGCAAGUUCGGAGCAGUCUGUACCUGCACAGAGAAAGCCACAGGCCUCAAGUUGGCAGCCAAGGUCAUAAAAAAACAGACACCCAAAGACAAGGAAAUGGUGAUGCUUGAGAUUGAGGUUAUGAACCAGCUGAACCACCGCAAUCUGAUCCAGCUCUAUGCAGCCAUCGAGACCCCACACGACAUCAUCCUGUUCUUGGAGUACAUCGAGGGCGGCGAGCUCUUCGAGAGGAUUGUGGAUGAGGACUAUCAGCUGACCGAGGUGGACACCAUGGUGUUUGUCAGGCAGAUCUGCGACGGGAUCCUCUUCAUGCAUGAGAUGCAGGUUCUGCACCUGGACCUCAAGCCAGAGAACAUCCUAUGUGUCAACACCACCGGCCAUUUGGUGAAGAUCAUUGACUUCGGCCUGGCACGAAGGUAUAAUCCCAAUGAGAAGCUGAAGGUGAAUUUUGGGACUCCAGAGUUCCUGUCACCUGAGGUGGUGAAUUACGACCAAAUCUCCGACAAGACAGACAUGUGGAGUAUGGGGGUCAUCACCUACAUGCUACUGAGUGGCCUCUCCCCCUUCCUGGGAGAUGAUGACACAGAGACCCUAAAUAAUGUUCUAUCCAGCAACUGGUACUUUGAUGAGGAAACCUUCGAGGCUGUGUCGGAUGAGGCCAAAGACUUUGUCUCCAACCUCAUCGUCAAGGACCAGGGGGCCCGCAUGAGUGCUGCCCAGUGCCUUGCUCACCCCUGGCUCAACAACCUGGCAGAGAAAGCCAAGCGCUGUAAUCGACGCCUCAAGUCCCAGAUCUUGCUUAAGAAAUACCUCAUGAAGAGACGCUGGAAGAAAAACUUCAUUGCCGUCAGCGCUGCCAAUCGCUUCAAGAAGAUCAGCAGCUCAGGGUCACUGAUGGCUCUGGGGGUCUGAGCCCCGGGAGCAGCUGAGGCCUGGAAGCAGCUGCAUGGUGGCCAAGGCUGAGGCCACACAGCCCAGAGGCCAGAGCAGACGAGCCAGACCCCAGGGCGGGCUGGCCAGGAUAAGGCUUCGCCAGGCUGGGAGGCUCGGGGCUCCCCACACCCCCACGUCCCCACACAGUGACUACUUCCCCAGUGAGAGCCGCCUUGGAUGUGGCCUGAAUCCAUCCUGCUAUCGCCUCCGCAGACAAGGCUCCGGCACAUCAGCCACAGCCCAGACGCCGCAGGCCCGUUGUUCCUCCCCGGCUCCCCCUCUUGGAACUGCUGCCCUGGUGACCCCUGCUUGGUCCCACCUGGGCACCCCUGGCCUGGGCUUGCUCCUAGCUGAAGUGAGAGGGCUAGGGGUCCCCAUGUGUGGGGCUCUCGUGGUUGUGGAUGGGAGGCUCCUGGCCAGGAAGGAAGGCAGCAAAGCUGAUUCCUGAGGCCCAGCUGCCAGGAGACAGAGCAGGCUUUGUGAAAGAGGAUCUGCGUGCCCCGCCCGCCUCCCCACACCCAACAGAUAAGGUCCAGCACACACCAUCUGGCCAGGUCCAACCCCGCCCACCUUCCUUGCUGACCACCAACACACAGGAACUCCAAGUGAGAGAGAGGACACCCAGCCCAGGCCUGGCGAAGGGGGGCAGGUGGGGUCUGGGGAACAUGGGAGACCACCCCCGAGCUUGCCUGAGGGUCUUGCUGGCUCAGCCCAGCCGCUCUGGGCCCUCAUCCCAGGGGUCACACAUGGGGCUCAGAUAAUGGACUCAGCAGGCCCAGGAGGAGUGCAAAGGCCUUGGGGCAGCCCCCAGCCUGCUCUCAGCUUGUGCCUUGUAAAUAAAUGUACAGGUUGGAUGUGG